UUCCAUGUAUUUCCCUUUACAAAGCUAUAAACGAGUUUACUGUUCCACUGCCUGGGUGCACGGUUCAUGUGAAAUGUUCAUGCUGCAUUUUCAUAGACACAAAGUGAUCUUUCUCCACCACCUAGGUCUAAUAUAAUAGACCUUUUCUUUCGAUGAUGACUCCUAAACACUAGAGCUUUCUGCUACCUGCAUCCCAAAUGGAGGACAUGUCCAUUGGUUUAUGGAGUUUCUCAAAAGUGCUCAUUCGGUUGCUCAGAAAUAUCAACUUUCUGCCGUGUAAGAGUUUAUACAGGGUCUUGUCUUUCCUCUCCUGAUUCAAAUGCCAUGCUAGAAGAUAAUUUGGAGCCACUUGAUUGAUAUUUGGAGCCUCUCCAAACUUUUUUUCCCAUCUUCAAACAUUUGUUUCUGCAACUGUUUUUGUCACAGACCUUCUGGCUCUCCUUGCCACAAGGAUCUCUGUGACUAAAUGCAAAUGGUUAUGAGCAACCCUGUUUGUUUUCCCGAAGAUGAAUCGUCUGUAGUAUUAUAUUAUAUAAUAAAGGAUGAUUUAUAUUCAUCCAGCGUAUUCACAUAGUUAAAUGGCUAACCGAGUAAACAACGUCUAUGGAUUCUGUUGUUUUCUGACUCACUAGCUUAGCUAUUUUAAAUCAUACGGUGUUUGUCACCACUCCAACCAUGCCUACAGUACAGAGCGUGUCAGUUUCAGUUUGUGACUCAGGGGAAUUUAUUUCCACCAUACAUUCCCCAUAGAAUGUGUUGCCAAAAAAUCUGUGACUAUUGCCUCAGCAUGCCACUCACCUAUGUGUCAAAAUGUCUGUUUUCCCAACAUUUAUUUUGCUGGAGUUGGUCUGUGCAUCUGUAUCUUGUGUAUGCAGGAAAAUCCUGCUUUUGCAGUCAAUUACUUGCUGGAUGUCAAAUCUUAUAAGUAAUGCAAUUGAAUUUAGGAUAAGGAUUUUUAUUGCAACGUAACGAACCACUAGCAAAGCAGGCUUAAUGCUUUGAGCGGUGGAUCCUUCAUGGGUUAGGGUUAGGGAACCUGCUAAUGUCACAACAGCUUCCACAGUAAGCGUCCACCCCUUGUCUUGGAGUGCCUUCACCCGAGAACCAUGCAUCAUCAUCUCCCGCCUCUCUUGCUCGUUCUGUCCCUCGCACUCUCCUCCAGUCCUGCGUAUGGUGAAGCUGCUGGAAUAUUUGACGAAUCCACAGGCCAUGGACCCGUGUUCGAGGAGCAGCCGAUUGACACCAUCUACCCCGAGGAGUCUCUAGAAGACAAGAUAAUCAUGAGUUGCCGAGCACGAGCCAGCCCACCUGCUACAUACAAGUGGAGGCUGAACAACAUGGACAUUGACUUCUCGAGCGAGUCAAAAGUCCACUACGUCCUGAUGGGGGGGAAUCUGAUCAUCAACAGACCUGAUAAGAUCUCUCAUGUUGGCAACUACACCUGCCUGGCGACGAACAAGUUCGGCACCGUCAUCAGCCGAGAGGCUUCCGUCCAGUUUGGAUAUUUAGACAUGUUUUCUACAGAAGAAAGAGAAGCCGUGCGUGUGAAAGAAGGUCAGGGAGUGGUGCUCUUAUGUGCUCCUCCUCCACAUUUCCCAGACGAUCUUACCUUCCGCUGGAUGCUGAACGAAUUUCCCGUCUUCAUCCCGCUGGAUAAGAGACGCUUCGUCUCGCAGACCACAGGGAAUCUGUAUAUCGCUAAAGUGGAGGCUUCUGACAGUGGGAACUACUCCUGCUUCGUCUCCAGCUUAUCCAUCACCAAGAGCGUCUUCAGCAAGUUUAUCCCUUUAGUCCCGCAGUCUGAGAGAGGAUCUCUUCGGAAGUACGCAGCCGAUAUAAAAGUGAAGUUUCCGGACACGUACGCUCUUGUUGGCCAGAACAUCACCCUGGAGUGUUUCGCAUUAGGAAAUCCCAUUCCCCAGAUCAGAUGGAGGAAGGUGGAUGGAGUGCUGCCGGUCCAUCAUGAGAACAGCAUUACAGGUGGACUUUUGCACCUCUUUAACGUGCAGUACGAGGAUGAGGGAGUAUACGAGUGUGAGGCGGUCAACUCUAAAGGCAAAGACUGGCACAAAGCCAACCUCUAUGUGGAAGCUGCUCCGGAAUGGGCGAAGCACAUCAGCAGCAGUGAGAGGGACAUCGGCAUUGACUACACCAUGUCCUGCGCAGCCAGCGGGAAACCCAAGCCUCACGUAUACUUCAUGAAAAAUGGCCAAAUGUAUUUCAAGCACGAGUUGCACUUCACACACCUGACAUCUGAUGACUCAGGGAUGUACCAGUGCAUCGCUGAGAACCGGCACGGAGUGAUCCAGGCCAACGCCGAACUGCGAGUCUUCGUGGGCGCUCCUUCAUUCGAGUUCAACCCGGUUAAGCAGAGGCUGCUGGGGGCAAAGAACGGUCGUGUGGUGAUCGAGUGCAAACCAAAAGCAGCACCCAGACCUACGUUUUCCUGGAGCAAAGGCACAGAAAUGCUUUCCAAUUCCAGCAGGAUUUUCAUUUGGGAGGACGGGAGUCUGGAGAUCCACAAUGUUACCAAGUCAGAUGAAGGGAGGUACACAUGCUUUGCUGAGAACGACAGAGGCAAAGCCAACAGCACCGGAUCUCUCUCGGUCGCAGAUGCCACUAAGAUCACGCUGGCUCCCUCUAACACUGAUGUGAGCGUUGGUGAAAACACAAGGAUGCAGUGCGCAGCGUCACACGACCCGAGCCUCGACAUCACCUUCGUCUGGUCGCUUAACGGCCAUGUCAUUGACUUCGACAAGGAAGCGGUCGACUACCAGCACACUAUUGAUGGUCAGGCAGGUAUUUCCAGCUGUGAGCUGCUGAUUAAGAACACUCAGCUGAAGCACGCAGGCCUCUACACCUGCAUGGUACAGACACCUGUGGACAACGUCACUGGCUCUGCUGACCUGGUAGUAAGAGGGCCUCCGGGAGCUCCGGGAGGAGUGCGUGUGGAGGAGAUUGGGGUAAGGUCUGUGAAGCUUCUCUGGAGUCAUGGAACAAAUAAUCACAGCCCCAUAUCCAAAUACAUCAUCCAAUACAGAGAGACCACAACUGACGAGGAAUGGAAAGAUGCCGUAACCUCUCCUCGCAAUGUGGAAGGAAACGCAGAAAGGGUCACAGUCGUCGAUCUGCUUCCUUGGACUGAAUAUGAGUUUCGAGUCAUUGCUACAAACACUCUGGGUAUCGGAGAACCGAGUGAACCAUCAAGCAAAACCACCACACUGGAAGCACCUCCUGUGGUGGCUCCAUCAGAUGUAGGAGGAGGUGGUGGAACGGGUAGAGAGCUCACCAUCACAUGGACGCCUGUUCAGCCACAAUACUACUAUGGAAAUAAUUUUGGCUACAUUAUCACAUUUAAGCCUAACGAUGGCACAGAGAACGAUCAUUGGCACAGAGUGACCGUUUCCGACCCUCGUGCCAGUCGCUACGUCUACAAAGACCCCUCUAUUCCCCCAGCCACAAAGUUUGAUGUAAAAGUAAAGGCCUUCAACAAUAUGGGAGAGGGACCCUACAGUCUCCCUGCUGUGGUUUACUCUGCCCAGGAUGCCCCCUCAGCAGCUCCCACCAUUAUAGAGGCCAGAACCUUGUCAGCGACGGAGGCCGUCGUGUGGUGGCGUCCACUCAUGCAGCAGACAGUUGAGGGCUAUCAGGUGAGGUACUGGAGGAAAUCCUUGGAGAAUGAGGCAUCAGCACAACGCAUCUCCAGCAGAGAGAAUCAGACACGUCUGGACAACAUGAAGCCGAACACUCAUUAUGUGAUAGAAGUGCGUGCUUUCAACGGUGCAGGUUAUGGACCCGCGAGCCAGAGAUACGAGAUCUAUACGAAGAAAGCACCUCCAAGUCGGCCACCAAAAAUAAUCGGCACAAGGGUGAACUCCAUUGGAACUUUAGUCAAUGUUGCCUGGCAGCGUGUGGAGGCUUUUUCCAAUGAGUCCGCUGUAGAGAGCUAUAAGGUCCUGUAUAGACAGGAAGGUCUGAGCACCGGGACACUGUACACUACAAAUAAGGAGUCCAUAGACCUGCCCAUUCACAAAGGUGAUUACCUGGUGGAGGUGAGAGCACAGAGCAAGGGAGGAGAUGGAGCUGUGGCUCAAGUACGCAUCUCAGCCGGAGGGGUCCUGGCAGCACCAUCCCUAAGCCUGUGUGUCCUUCUGCUGGUGGCGUUGCUCAGCCUGACUCUCUGAAUGUAGCGCCGUCUCUCCUCUGCCUUCACUCCACACGGUGAAGAGGACUCUCACUGGAUGACGCCUUAGAGGACUUUUAUUCUACAAACUCCUAUGCUCAACAAUGAAUAUUCCCAACCUGGACUGAGCUAUGUAUGUCAGAAGAAAAGACAAUACAGAACUCUAGAAAGGACGAGGAUGUAAAGGAUCGUCUUAUUCAGUAUCGACUUAACCACGAAGCAGCGUCAGAGAAGAGUUCUCUCUUGUUCAGUAUGCCUUAUAAUAUCUCUUACCCUGCUCGUGGCUGCUUGUGGGUAGAGUAACAUCUGUAUUUCACAAUUUACAGCACAAACAUCCAAAAGCUGUUUCAGAUUUCAUUUCAAUUGAAUUGGCGGCUCUUACUGUAGCACCAAGAAUCCCCUUUGUUUCCGCAGUGCGCUCUGUACCCGCAAGUGACGCGUGACGAGAGAUCGGCUAUAAGAGCGUCUGAUAGUUAGUUUGCAAAUCAGUGGAAUUCCUUUCUUUCUUUUUUCUUUUUUUCAUUUCUGAGCAUUUCGGAGCUUUUCUUGACGGAUACGGUCAAAGCGAACUCCUCUGCUACUCAACACGAACUAAACAAAUUUACGCAGAAUAGAAAAUAUAGCAAUUUAUUUUAAGCUAGUAUCUGUACUGUAUAUGCAAUAAUUUAUAAGCUUUCUUAAUAUAUAUUUCAGUAUUUCUUUGGUCAUGUUAACAUAUCAUUAAUAGAACGAUUAUUUUACUUUAAAUAUAUCAUUUCAAAGCCCUUAAAUGACGGAAAACGAACGUUCGGGAAGUAAGAGAGAUGUUCGCUUUAUAGCCUCCGUGGACUGAACGAGGAACGUUGGGGGUUUUAAGAAAAAAAUGUAAAUAUAUAUCUUAAAUUGCUGAAAUUCUGUACUGAGGAGUAAUUGUGUUUGUAUGUGAACUGUACGUGUAGGAUAUAUAUCUAAACCAUGGUUUUAAACCCAAACCAGAUGAGUAUCGGGAUGUUUGAAUAAGUGUGUGUGUGUGUGUGUGUGUGUGUGUGUGUGUGUACAUGUGUUUGUGAGUGAACCGUGGCAUGAAAAUCCACUGCAUCUGCCAUCGUCUCACAGCGCCUCUGGGUCAAGGCUGAUGAAUCGGUAAAUUAAUCUCUGGUCAACACUCGUACAGUAGUUUUGCUCCGACCAAAAGGCGCCGCAGCAUGAAGAAAACAUUUUGUUUUGACUGUAUCUUGGAAUUCUUUGUCAUUUAGAAAAGGGGUUCGUUGUGGGUUAAAAAAAAAAAGCAAACGACUUUAAAAAUGUAUUUUUUUUUUCCCCUUUACUUUUCCUUUAUUUUUUUGGUAUCACGUUCACGGUAACGGUUGUAUGGCCGAGGGGAAAGGUUCAGACCUGUUAAAAAGGCUUAAUGCUAUUAAUUUCACAUAAAAAAUGCAUUUCAUUCUGAACUGAAGCUUGCUGAAACAUUUAAAACAUUAUUUUGUCUGUCGUACGAUCCGUACGACGCCGACGCCGUCGGACGUGCGAACGAUUUAUCGCUAAAUGCUUUAGUAACUCGUCGUCUUUUCGCGUACUGUAUAAACCGUUAGAGAAAUCCCGACCUGUCCGUCAUAACUGCGUUUAUUCGUUAUUAAUUUUAUUCGUGCGAAGAUUUGUCGCUUGUUUGGAAGAUCCUUCGGCUAAAAACGUAUCGUUUCAUGUCCAUCUGAGAAGAAAAUACAUUCAGUGCUCAUAACAUAUCACCACAAAUAGACCCUUUGUACUUCUGUAAGAACAGGAUAUCUUUUUUUUUUAAACGUCCCGAAGCUAAUUUUAUGUCAUUUCUUGUUUUAAUUUUAUUUUGUAUGGAGCCUACAGUAUAACGGAUGUUGACCCUUCAUAUUGGAUGGACUGUGUGUGAUUCAUCUUUUUUUGUAACAUUCAGUGACCACCACAAAGUGCUUUCUCUUUCCCUGUUUAUUCAGGCAGCAGCGUCAUCGAUGUAGAAAAAAGAAAAAAAAAAAGCCAAAUGCAUGAAAGCCUUUAACUUAAUUAUUGCAAUCAGUGAUUAUUUGAAGCGCUACGGUACGUCCUCAGAAGCAUGAUCUGGAAUCGAACGGUUCGUUCCAGUUGCAUUAGAACGCCAUACUCAUUUGCGACGAAGGUGACUGGUGUAUCUCAGCUUCUUCUGAUCUGCCUCUGAUCUGUCACUCAAUAAAAAAGUGUGUUCAGGCUGAAGGACAGGUUGUGUAGAUGAACUGUAACCCGUGAGUCAUGAUCUGCUUCACUGAAGCCAGUCUUAUCAAUUAAAGUUUAUAAAGACAAACCCAA